ACCUUGCUUGAUUUUUUUUCCUUCGGGUCCGCCUCAGCUUCCCAGUUCCAAACUGUUCGACCCUUUUUCUUCUGGGCAACGCUUCUUAUUCUUGCGGAAAGCAUCCGUAGGAACGGUUUGGAUCGCCGGGCCUUCUUCCGCAUCACUAUAUCAGGCUUCUUUCUUGCGUUGCCGCAGGUGUCACAGGGUGGAUAUUUUCAUUGGACCAAAUCGCUCUAUCACCUUCAACCGGGCUAUACACGUCUAGGAAAGCUGCGAAUCACGGAAGCACGUUUGCCAUACCCCAACCGGUGUUAUCACAACUUGAAGCCGAACUCUCCCACAAACUCUCCCACGUCUCCCUUUGACCUACAAUUUUGGUCAUCUCGCGUUAUUUGGAGAAGAGCACUACUCAACACCUUGCGUUGUCUAAUUGGCUGCUCGAUUGGUGACUUUUCCUCCAUGUGGUUUUUACAAGCGCAGUACCCGGACCUGGCUGUUGAAGCUAUUAUGGGAGUCUCGAUGGCAACUGGCAUUGCAAGCUCCAUAUCCCUCGAGACAGUUUUACUUAAGCUAGGGCGAGAUAAAUUGGGUUGGGCACAGGCUUUUACAACGGCAGCAGGGAUGAGCAUGAUUUCAAUGCUAAGUAUGGAGGCAGUUCAGAAUAUGGUGGACUAUCAGUUGACAGGUGGAGUUGUCACACUUUCAGACCCUUUCUUUUGGACUUCUGCUGUGUUGUCUAUGGCCGCAGACUACGAAAUUACGGGAAGGCAUGCCAUUAAUACUAAGGGUGACAAUCCUAUUCACUUGGGUAACCUGGGAGGUAUGGGAGGUUGUAUUAUAUGUGCUCAGGGAAAAGGUUUUACAAAACAUUGUCACAAACCAACCAUCCUAUCAAUGGAUGAAUCAGCUGCGAAAACUAGUUAA